AAUCCCGCCCGCCACCUCGCACGUCGACUCGCUCGAACUGCAAAAGCUCGAGUCACCAUCAAUACACCUCUCUCCUCCCACCGCCGCCUUUUUCCAGGAUCGUCUGCCACAGCCGGCGAGCUUGACGAUGCGACAGAGGAGGCGCCUCUCAAUCUAGGUGCCUCUGGAGUCAUCGCCUACGCGCCUUACUCCGAUGGCUUUGAUGAUGAGGACAACCUGGCUGCAAUCGAUGCCGACCUCUUCAUGGAAAAGCUCAAGUCAGUUGGCUCCCAAACCCUCGCCACCCUAGCGCAUAACUUCAUCGCCAAAGGCUGCCCUCUUACCUGCAUAUUGUACACCAACAUACUCACUUGGGCAGCUGACAUCGCCCGCGAUCUGAGCAUCCCUGCAAUCCACUAUUGGAUUCAGCCCGCCUCUGUCUUUGCCAUCUACUACCAUUACUUCCAAGGCCACCCAAGCUUCACGUUCACCGCCGCUGAUGAGAAAGACUCAUCUUUCUCCAUAGAACUACCUGGACUACCUUGUCUACGGAUGAAAGACCUCCCCUCCAUCUAUAAGACUUAA